UUGAGCGGUAUCUCGAACCUUAAAUAUUUUUUUAUAGUAUUUAUUUAUGAAAACUCAAUUAAUGUGCUCCGCCACAUCACUCACAUAUAUGAAAUAUAUCAAAAGUUCCACUACUUAACUCUGAAGUAUGGUCGCUGAAAAGCAUAAAAAGAAAACAAAUAACAAUACAAACGAAAAUUCAAGACUAACGGAUUUCAUUCAAAGAAACUUACGGCAAAUAUGUGUCGUCAUUGCCAUAUGCGAUUUUUGUCAUGCGAUUUUCUUUGUGGUCAAUGCGACAAUUUUCUUGGUCACGAGGUUCAAUAUAUACUCCUCAUUGGCGGUUGUGGGAACUGUAUUUUGGGUGCUAAUAGUGGUGCUAUUAAUUGUUGGUCUCUGGAAGCGGCGUCCUAUAUUAGUUAAAAUAUGGCUGAUCUUCUCAAUAAUUGGUUUUAUUGUGGAUAUAGGAUUUUCAAUCUGGAUCAUCGUGUCUGCUAUAACAGUUGAUUGGGUUCACUUAAAAGAGUUUUUCAUCAUAUUUGUGGGAAUUUUUAUCGAGAGCAUAUGUAUAUAUCUAGUAUAUAAGUACUAUUUAGGUAUGGAUCCAUAUCAGCAGAAAACAACAAAGAAAAAACGAGAUGAAAAAGCGUGUAAAGGUACAAUAAAAGUGUAUUACUCCAACCUAUUAAGAUAUAAAAAUAUAUGUAUGCAAUAUAUUAACGAUUUAUAGAGAGCCAGAAAAAAUCCAAAAAGACCCAUAAGAGACCAGAUAAAAAGGCAAAGAAACCGGAAAAGAAGAAAUCUAAAAAAAAUAAUCCGUUUUUCUUAUAAGAUUCUGUGACAUAAUC